AUGAAAGUUAGCGCGCUCGUGUCGCCGAGCACCACCAAUCCUGGUCUCGACACAGCUCAACCUGAUCUCAGUACCACAUCAUCGGCAGACGAAUCGGCGCGUCUCAUGCUUCGGAAGCGGUCCGAGUCCGUAAUGACUGAAGAGUCAAGCUCAGCUAGCCCCAGACUCGAGCCAAAGACGACACCUUCCCUCACAGACAAGCAGGCCAUUCGACGAGAGCAAUGUCGAGCGAAUCAAGCGCGAUAUCGGAAUAAGCAACUCAAUCGAAGACGCGAACUCCAACAGCAAAACCAGCGAUUGGAAGAGGAGAUUCAAGGUCUAAAAGUGAAGCGACGAAGCAUUCGGUUCGAGCGGAGAACCAACCAAAGUCCAUGGACCAUUAUUGGAGAAGUAUUCCGUCUUUUAGAAGACGGCUUUCGAUCCCCCUGGCGAUUGGCGAGUAUGGAGGAGAUGAUGAAGCACACUGAGACGCGGCGGACCCUGGAGUUCCUGCAGAAGUCGUUCGUACAUGAUGUGGCCAUGGGAGAGUUGAGAGGGAUCAAUGCACUCAUGGACCAGUGGAGACGCUACUCUCUGUACUUUGAAGAGCCCCAUCUUGAGCUCAAGCGAGUUGAGGCUGUGACAGCAGGCGUCGUGUCUGCAGUUGCCACCCUCAGUUUGACCAUCAAUGAGUUUACGGUGAGAUGUGUGUUUCCUCAUCUAAAAGUCCCUAAAGGAGGGAGAGGCAAAGUGUCUGUACUGGACAAAAAACUUAUUGGCGAACGCCUUGACUGCAAUUGCACAGUGACAUUCCUCUUCGAUGAAGCCAACGGCCGUAUCAUACGUCUACAACCCAACAUCAACUUAGUGUCGCCCAUGCUUCAGCUGUUUGGGAGACUAGUUGACGUAUCAGUCGUACUAGGACAAGCUCUGCUCACAUCGGAAUGUGCUGCUGGGGAUCUUCCUGGUCGACCACGACGUGAAAGGGACUAA